CCUGUAUAGAGUUGUUGUUAAGCUUAAAGUUUUGCAAAUUUUGCACGGAGAGUGAGUGAAAGUAAGCAAUAACUGAAAAUCGGCGGCUAAACUCGAUCAGUUCACUGAUGUGAAAACUUUAAUUGUAACAUAAUAUUCAAUAUCCGACUGAUUAUGUGAUUGUUGACAUACACAUCACGAAAGUGUUUGAAUCGGCUCACAAAUGGUAAUCAAAAAUAAUUAGUGAUAAGAGAUAAGAGAGCCCUGCCAAAAUUGAAUAUAACUUCCUGAAACAGAAUCGGUGCUCUCAUGGGAUAAAAUGACGCUAUUCAGAUCGUCAAUGUCUUCAAUCUUUGUGCGAAUGCUGAGAGUCCCCAAGCGUUCAACUGGAGUCGUUUUUAGUCAAAGAUUCUUCCAUAAUCCACGCACUUGUGCUGAUUUACGCUAUACAGAGCAGCCAAAGGUCGAAGAAAUACGAAUUCCGGUGUCAUACGGUGAAAUCGCCGGAAAGUGGUGGGGACCGAAAGAUGUUCGUCCAAUUGUUUCGCUGCAUGGUUGGAUGGAUAACGCUGGAACCUUCGAUAGACUGAUACCACUUCUGCCUCAUCACAUGAGCUUCCUGGCUUUGGAUUUUGCUGGCCAUGGAUUAUCGUCGAAAAUUCCCGACGGACUGAUGUAUCAUGCGAUGGACAAUGUUUACAUGUUGAGAAUGGUGAUGCAAUACUUUCAUUGGAAAAAGAUUUCGUUUAUGGGGCACUCAAUGGGAUCACUCAUCGGCUUUGUUUUUUCAUCGAUAUUCCCAAAUGUAGUAGAUUUCAACAUCGGGAUAGAUGUGCUAAAACCGCAUAUAAUGGAUCCUAACAAGGUUGGACCACGCUUGCAGAAGGAAAUUCCACUAACGUUAAAAGCUGAUAUGCGUAACCGUGACGGCACUGAGCCUCCAAGCUAUACUUAUGAAGAUUUAGCGUAUCGUCUUUACCUUGGAACGCACAAAUCUGUGUCAAUAGAGACUGCUCCGUACUUGUUGGAUCGUAACAUCCAGAGAUCGUCGGUGGAUCCAAAUAAAUUCUACUUCAGCCGGGACAGCAGAAUGAAAUUUAGCCUUGGGAUUGGCUGGGGUCAGGAGGUAAAUCUAGAGCAGGCAAAGAGAAUGGUGAUGCCUUAUAUGUUUCUCAAGUCGAAGCAUUCACCGUAUUAUGAACACAGGAAAUACUAUAACGAAUUUAUAGAAGUCGUGCAAAAGAACAACCCCUUUUUUGAGCUGCAUGUUGUAGACAGCACACAUCACAUGCAUCUUACAGAACCAGAAAAAGUUGCACCGAUAAUUACGAAUUUUUUGUUGAAAUAUUGGAAGCAUGAUGCGUUGAAUCAGGCAAUGCCACAGUGAAUAAAUAUUUGAUUGGAUGAAAUACACAACUUCUUUUAGUUUUUA